AUGUAUAUCGUCCGUGAAGACGAAGAAAAUACACACGCGGAACGUUGGCAAGGAGCAAAUGAUCUCGACCAUGGUAGACCGGGGCACCAUGGCGAUGCAACGAUGGAAAAGCAGGCAGAAGCGAGAGACGCAUCGGGGUACUGUGGUCGUCGUCAUUGGGAGAUGAGAGACAAAGUCGAUAGUGGUUUUUCUCGUCGCAAGGCUGCUUAUCUAGAACAAGACACUAAGAUUAUUAAAAUAAUUCCGUUUCGCACUUUCAUUUCGGAUCUACAACAACAACUGAAAGAAGUUCAAUUAUCAUCGUCGGAUACCGAUACCGCGAGCAUCUUAACAUUAUAUCAUGGACAAUUACUGAAAUGUGAUGAGUUAAAAGCACUACAAGCUAACAUUAAUCAAUUAAUAGUAGUAAACGAAUAUUUUACUGCAAGUAAUUCUUUAAACUUUGCUGUUACACGUGCAGGAAAUAGCUCCGAUCAAGAAUCUGCUAUUUUCGAAAUCUCUGUUGAUAGACAAGUUAAAAUUAGACCGUUUGCUAAAAUUUCGAAUCGCGUUGCUGAUGUUAGGGAAUAUCUGUUCUCGUUCGGAACAAUAUUUAGAGUGACGAGUAUCAAAAAGUACAGCGAUACUAUGUGGUUAGUGAAACUACAGUUAAAAAGUGAAGAAGAAAAUGAUUUUAAGAAAAUACAGGAUCAUUUUAAAUUGCAAGUUGGUGGUGAAAUUACUUUUAAUACAUUAGGACAUUAUCUCUUAAAACUAGACGAAUGGGAGAAGGCAGAACAAUAUUAUAAAUGUUUAUCGUCUAUAAUUUCUAUUGAUACGAACAGUUUCUCACAAUGUCGGCGUGCACCAGUGUCAAAUGAUGAAUUAUCAUCUCAUCCUGAUUCUUCCCGGUCAGAAUUAAGUCUGCACAAAACCGAUCAAACAACAGAACUUGAUCUAAAAAUUUUACCGCCAUCACUAGGACAAUUUUCACCUAGUAUGGUUUGUAGUAACCUUGGAUUUAUAAAUACAAAACUGAAUCAAUUCGAUUCUGCUAAACGUAAUUUUGAUCAAGCACAACACUUUAUACCCAAUGAUCCUAUAUCCAAUCUACAUAUAAAUUUUAAUCUAGGUGGAUUAUAUUACAAACAGAAGAGUUAUUCUGAAGCUUUAAAUGCGUACGAAAAAGCUCUUCGAUUGGCAGCUAGAAUAUUGCCGUCGGAAGAUCCGAUAAUCAUGGACUGUCUCAACAACAUAUCUGUUGUUAUUCGAAAGCAGAACGAUUGUGUUUCCGACAACGACAAUCGUAUUACGUUAACUGGAAAGCAUUUUACUGCUGUAUGGCUUACACAUGUCUCUAUUACACAAAAUAUUGAAUUAGAAGACAAUUUGCAUCGUAUUUUUGGUUAUGUAAAAACAUUCGUUGAUCGAAAAGAAUUAGGAAUCGCAUGCGAAGAUCGGGGAAAUGUUGUCAGUCAAUCUAUUACAUAUGUGCACACUAAUCCGAUAGCUAAAGUAUAUUUUAUUAUUUCACACCCAAAAAACAUAGAAGUCACAGCUAUUCUCCACGAUCAUCAGCAUAUUCAGUCUAUAUUUAUCUAUUGUCAGAAUAAAACAGAACAUCAGCAACUUCUAAAUAAAAACUAUAUAAAGGAAACUAGUGUAUUUGCAGACAUAACUCAAUUAUUCUAUUUUAUUCAGCAGGACAUUACUAAAAUCGUAACUUCAGCUAAUAGUGGUCACGACAGCGCGUUGCCGGACGAGGAACAUGAUAUUUAUGUCGCAAAAGCUAUACCACCAGUUCAAAUAUUUAGUAAGGAUGCACUAGAAACUCCAAUUAGACAUCUGAAUAAAGAAUCAGUUGCAUUUAUUUGGUUUCAGUUGUUAACUGAAAUAUUAAUUCAUCUGCCAAAGUCACAGAAAGCAAUGUAUGAAAUGCUGCGCGUAUGCCGUUUACAAUACAAAGACGAUAUAAUUGAAGAAAAAAACAUUGCUGAAUUUGAGAAUAAUUAUAAGCCUGCUAAAGCUAUUUGGUGGUACACUAAAGGCACAUUUUUAUUUCGUUUAAUGAACAAGGCAUUUGGUACACAAGAUAUAGACUAUAUUUAUGCUUUUCGUUUAAUAGUUUCUCAUUUACAUAAACAAAUUAUAGCUUUAGCAUAUAAUCAUGAUAUUAAAUUAGUUUAUCGUGGUAAAAAGUUGCCGACACCUAUUAUACAGAAUUUAAAAGAUAAUAUAAACGGACUAAUAUCAGUGAAUGGUUUUUUGUCAACUACGAAAGACGAAAGUGUUGCUCGUUUAUAUGCUGAUAAAGAAAAUCCACGUCAAGGGUGUCAGUCGGUAAUUUUUAAAUUACAUUUCGACAAAAAUGUUUCGCUAAAGCCUAAUGCGUAUAUAAAAGAAUUCAGCACUAUAGAAGAUGAAGAAGAAGUAUUAUUUACUAUUGGCAGUGUAUGGCGUAUAAUAAAUGUUGAGGAAGAAACUGACGUUUGGUGUAUUGAACUUAGAAAUGAUCAAGAUGAACAUGGUGAAGAACUAAUAAAUUAUUUAAUAAAGCAAAUCGGUGAAAAACCAACAUUGUUAACUUUGGGUAAAUUUUUGUAUGAAAAAGGUGAUCUUGAUAAAGCUGAAUAUUACUGUCGUCUUUUACUUAAAGAAUUAAGGGCAGACGAUGCACUACGUGGAUUUGUUUAUAAUAUGAUUGGAUGCAUCAGAUUUGAAAGAAAUGAUAUUUAUGUAGCUAAGGAUUAUUUUGAUUUUGCUGUUAAUCUACUAAAAAAAACUCAUUCGUCAUGUAGUUCAUCCAACUUAACAGUCAAAUUCAAUAAACAAAUUGCUGAAAAACAUCAACCUAAGCACCCACAAGUAUUACAAGCAAAGUUUGAAGCUUCUGAAGUUGCAACGCACUAUUUGCCUUCCACAGAUUUUUCAUUGGCAAAACACUACAAUAACAUCGGUCUACUUUAUCAUAAACGAGAUGACAAUGAAAAUGCAAUGAAAAAUUUAAGACUUGCUCUUGAAAAAUGUGGAACAUUGCACAUUUAUUGUCAACAAGAUAUGUCAAUGAUAAAGAAUAAUAUUGCCGGUGUGCAUUAUAAAAAAGGCGAAUAUAAACAGGCAACAGACACUUAUCAAGAAGCCAUUAGAAUUGGCCUAGAAAUUCUACUACCAACACAUCCAUGGAUAAAAGACUAUACAAAUAAUUUGACGAAAGCAAUUAAGCAUCUUCCAUUGGAUGAUAUUUGA